CAUUCGGCCCAGCCCACUCAUAUCCCAUUCCGACAGAAAAGAAAUAUCGUUUCGGAUAAAGUAACUGCACGCCUUGGCCGGCCGGAACGCCCGCAACCGACGAAAUGCCGACGCCGGCGCCGGCCCUUCCUUUCGUCCCGAAGCCGCAACCCAUCCUUCACGUCGCUAAAGCCCUGGUCCCAUCCCCUCGCCAGACGCAGCCCCAGGCCCGAGGGCGAGGCCUACCGCAGCCGGUCAAUUGUGCCAACUCCAAGCGCCUCGACGACGCACUCUCCGCUGGCUUCGUCCGCCUUCUCAACGCCGGCCAAGUACAGGAUGCGGACUCUGCUAGCGGAACCUGCCGGCGCUAUGACCCCAAGCCGGGUGACUUCGCGGUCGGGGUCGUAGUUUCUGGCACGGAGGCGCGCCUCGACGUUGCGGUCGGCGCCGACCGUCUCGCCACGCUGCUCUCCAAGGAGCUUCUCCCGCUCGACCGCGACAGUUCUGACCCGCCGACGCGACAAGCUCUGCCUCGGCUGGGGAGCAUCGGCGUCGUGGCGGGCCCCUCCGUGGACGACGACAGACAGAAGCGCGGGAGCAGGACGCUGGUGGCGCCCGGGACGGUAGUAUUCGCUGAGGUGCUUGGACGGACGCUUAGCGGGCGUCCACUACUGUCGGCACGGCGGCUCUUCCGGCGCCUCGCAUGGCACCGCGCCAGGCAGAUUCUGCAACUCAACGAGCCAAUUGAGGUAAAAAUUUACGAGUGGAACACCGGGGGGCUACUCACAAGAAUUGAGGGUCUGAGAGCAUUUCUUCCAAAAUUUGAGCUCGUGGACAGGAUAAGUUCAUUUACAGACUUGAAAAAUAAAGUCGGUUGCAGCAUUCGUGUGUGCAUUGCAAGGCUCGAUGAAGAAACUAACGACCUGAUAAUUAGUGAGAAGAAAGCAUGGGAAAUGACUUAUCUUAAAGAAGGAACCCUCCUACAAGGGACUGUUUGCAAGAUUUUUCCGUAUGGUGCGCGGGUUAGGAUUGCUGGGACAAACAGAAGUGGCUUACUUCACAUAUCGAAUAUUAGUCGAGGCAAUGUUUUGUCCGUAAGUGACAUCCUGAAGAUAGAUGAUGAGGUGAAAGUUAUCGUGAUCAAGUCAAAUGUCCCAGACAAAAUUGCAGUGAGCAUAGCAGACCUUGAGAGUGCACCUGGUUUGUUUCUGUCAGACAGAGAGAAAGUGUUCUCGGAAGCAGAGGAGAUGGCAAAGAGAUACAGGGAGCAGCUUCCAGUUACCCCUCAGAACCCUAUAUUAGAUGAUGGCCUUCCAGGAGAAAAGCUACCAUUUGAUAACGAAACUAAACUGUAUGCAAACUGGCAAUGGUUCAAAUUUCUGCAUCAUAGCUAAGCUGCUGACAACAGCGACAGAGACAUAUCUGGUACUUGUUGACCAUGCAAAGGUGAACUGUCGCUAGAGAACCUGCCAACCUGUUGAAGUCCAAUACUGACCAGUGGUGGGUAGUUCUCCACUUCCAUAACCCAGCAUCAGUCAUGGAGAAGUAUGUUGGACAGGAACAGGCAACUUCAUCCCGCAGACAAGAUAGGGUACAAGGUUUCCAGGCUGCAGAACAUUGGUGUUUCGAAUUGCCUCAUUCCUAGUGCCCCUGGAGUGAAAUGUUGUGAUAUCAUUUUAUCUGUCCGGAGAAUGUAGCUUCAUUGCAUUCAUGUUAUGUCAAAACUAGUCGGGCUGCCCAAGCACUCCGUGCCAACAACUUGCAUCUGCCCAUGAAAUAGAUUCUGAAAUUUUAGCAC